AUGGAAGCUGGCAACGUAACCACAGUCACAGCGUUUAUUCUCCUGGGACUAUCCAACAACCCUCAGACCCAGGUAGCACUGUUUGUACUAUUUCUGGGGAUCUACCUCCUAACCCUCACGGGGAACCUGCUGAUGCUUCUGGUGAUCAGUACUGACUCCCACCUCUACGCCCCCAUGUACUUCUUCCUCUGUCACCUCUCCUUCCUGGAUGCUUUCUACUCCUCAAUCAUUGUGCCUAAACUGCUGGAGAACCUUCUUUCCAAGUGGAAGACUAUAUCCCUCCUUGAGUGUUUCACCCAAAUCUCCUUGGUGAUCUUUUCCGGGGCCACUGAAGCUUGCCUCCUUUCAGUCAUGGCCUAUGACCGGUUCCAGGCUGUGUGCCACCCACUGUUGUAUGUGGUGGCUAUGAAUAGGAAAGUGUGUACCAGCCUGGUGGCAGCAUCCUGGGCCAUUGGAAUGGGGACCGGACUAGUUAACACCAUCCUCCUGGCCCAGCAUCACUUCUGUGGCCCCAACCUCAUCCGCAGUUUUGCCUGCGAGCUUCCCCCUGUUCUCCUGUUGGCCUGUUCUGACCCUUCCAUUAGCAUUGCCUCCAUCCUGACCACCAUGGUGGUCCUGGGCCUUGGCACCCUUGUCCUGUUGCUGGGUUCCUACACUCGCAUCAUCAUGACAGCUCUGGGCAUCAACUCUGCCACGGGUCAGAGAAAGAUCUUCUCUACCUGCUCAUCUCAUUUUCUUGUGGUCACCAUCUUCUAUGGAUCGGGAGUUUUCAGGUACAUGACUCCAGCUUCCGGCUCAGCCUUGGAGCAAGUGCUGUCCGUGCAGUACAGUGUGGUGACCCCGCUGCUAAACCCCCUCAUCUACAGUCUGAAGAACCAGGAGGUGAAGGCAGCUCUGAGGAGAAUGCUGGCCAGGAAGCCCAGGCUCACCUUUUAAGCCAGGCUCCACUGCCUCCUCAUAACUGGAGGAAAAGUUGUGAGAAGAGGAGACAGAAAGAGCUAUCAUUGCUAAGCUAUCUCAGCGUUCAUUUUUUUCCAAAACAGAAGCUUUAGUUCCUCUGACCCCA